AAUUCCCGCGAAAAAAGUGACUGACGCGCACACGGCUGGCUACGUGCGGAAGUAGCAAACUAGCUUUAAACGUUGACGAUUUCCGGUUUUUUCGUUGGAGUUUGGCGCGAUAAAUACCACAUAGACGUCUUAGAGCUGGUUGUGUCAAGAUUAUCUCCAGGAUCACGACCAAAGGUAAGCAGUUGCAAUGCCUGUAAAAACAAGACAAGUACAAACCCCACUACCUUUCAAGUGCCGCAAGACACGGAAUAGUGGCAAGACUCCGCAAAGGGCAUCUGUGGAAAGAAGUCAAGCAACUGAAGUAAGGAAGUUGACUACAGUGUGUAGAACCCAAAAAGAUGACAAAAACCAAACCCAAGUACAAGGCACAAAGACUCCUGAGAAAUCAUCUUCACAUCACUUAGGAUGUGUUAGAAGAAAAUCAUCACCGUGUGAUGCAGCAAGUCAGUCUGGUCAGAUGCUACCGUCUUCUCCUAGAAAAAGAACCUUAUUGCAAGAAGUCUCAACAAAUGAUGAACGACGUGUGACACCAUGCUGCAGCCCUAGAAAGAUGAAGAAAGAAAAUAUUCCUGUCACUGACGUAAUUGAGGACAGUUCUGUUCUUGCUGAUGAUGCAGAUAUUUUUGUCAGUCCUAGACAAAAUCAUUCCAAAGAUUUGAAAUCAGUAAACUGUCAUGUGCAUCAUGUGAAGACAAGCCCAGCAAAAGGUGCAUGUGUGAAGUUAGAGUGCAAUGCAUCACCUCAGAGAAGCAGGAAGGAUAGCACAGGGGAGAAAUUUACAUCACCAACAGUAAGGGGAUCUCUGAACAAGACGAUUACUCCAUUGAAGCUUGAAAAAAAUGAGGGAGAAUGUUAUAAGAAGAUCAAGCAGUCCCUCCAUACAGCUCUACCUGAUCGUCUGCUGUGUAGAGACAAGGAACUUGGAAUGAUGACAUUAUUCUUAAGGAGUCAUGUGACCAAGGCUCAAGCUGGUAGUUUGUACAUUUCAGGAGCGCCAGGAACUGGCAAGACGGCAUGCCUGUCCCAGGUCUUAAAUAAUGAGAAGAAAUUGAUGAGCAAAGCUCAAGUGAUCUUUGUGAACUGCAUGUCUGUAAGACAUAGUCAAGGAAUCUAUGGUAAAAUUUUGGAGGAAGUUCUUGGCAACCAUCGAGGCAAGAUCAGUGCCAAGGAAGCCUCACGACGACUACAGAAGACAUUCACAUCAGCAGGACAAAUGAUAGUGCUUGUGUUGGAUGAGAUUGACCAUCUAGACAGUAAAGGUCAAGAAGUAUUGUACACAAUGUUUGAAUGGCCAUCACUUCCCAAAUCAAGACUUCUUCUCAUUGGUGUUGCCAAUGCAUUGGACUUGACUGACAGGAUUCUACCACGUCUUCAAGCUCGACCGAAGUGUAAGCCUGAGUUACUACAUUUCUCACCAUAUUCCAAGGAUGAGCUUGUUGCCAUAUUGCUGGACAGGGUACAGAAUAAUUGUGAUGAGAAUGUUGUAGAACCAGUCGCAUUGCAACUGUGUGCACGGAAGGUAGCUGCAGUGGCUGGGGACGUCAGGAAAGCUCUUGAUGUUUGCAGGCGUGCUGUUGAGAUGGUUGAGUGUGAUGUUAAGAGGCAACUACAGUUUAGCUGUAGAUCACCAGGGAGAAAAACUGGUCAGACUUCAAGUGCAACAGUGAGCAGUCAUUCUGGGGUGAAGACAGUUGGUCUGAAGCAGGUAUCAAGUGUUAUAUCAGAGGUUUAUGGGUCCAGUCUUACAACCAGUUCCAACCAAUCUCAGACAUUCCCUCUGCAGCAGAAACUGACGAUAUGUACUGUGCUCUUGAUGGUACGAGGUGGCAAGUUCAAGGAAAUCACUCUAGGAAAGUGUCAUGAGACAUACAGCAAAGUGUGUAAGGAUAGACAGGUACCCGCUGUAGAGCAGUCUGAAUUCCUGUCUCUCUGUCAGUUGGUUGAAAGCAGAGGUGUGAUCGGUCUCAAGUUCUCCAAAGACCCCAGGCAGUCCAAGAUCAGAUUGAAACUAAAUGAGAAUGAAGUGGAGGCUGCACUUCAGGACAAAGUUCUCCUGUCAUCCAUCUUACAAGGUGAUGUCUUGACCAAGAUGAGGUAACCAGGCUUCAGGUGUGAUCUGCAAUCUCAUGUGUCAUAGUGUGGGGCCAAGACUCUCCCCGAUACCUUCUUUGGGAAGUAAUCCUGCUGUAGUCUGCAACCUUCAGUCUCCUUCACUGAAUGAGAGUUACGGCAUAAGUGUCACCUUUGUUGAAAUCUAAUUGGCAGGUGUAUUCAUCAGUGUGUGUGUACAGUUGGUAUGCGAUAGCCACAAGCUCUACUGAACAGAUUAACAGCCAUUUUGUUUCCAGGCACUACUCUGUCUAUAGACAGCUUUUCUUGUGAGAAGUAAAUCCUGCCAUGAUUUGAACUCUCCACAGCAUAUUGGUUUUGGAUUUUGUUGAAUGCUGCUCUUUGUCCAGCCCAUCUGUAAACACUGAACAGAAUUUUACUUCGGCUUGGAAGUGGAUAUUCAUUUUGCAGUUUUUUCAUUUGUAGAAUGAGUUUUGUCAGGUUUGGGGAAAAAAUCCAGGCUUCUUCAAAUGAAAUGGUGAAACUGUAGUUUUGUAUGCUUGGCAAAUAUUUUAGACUUUUACUGUACCUAGUUAAACCCUGACAUGAAUGUUUUCAGAUAAAACCUGAUUUCAGGCUUUUUGAUGUUAAAUGCUAGAAUAAUGUCAGGCCUUAGCUUCUCUAGUCUUAUUUCCAGGCUCUGGACAAUAUACCCUGACUAACACACUUGGUUAACUUGCUGAUAUUUUUCAACGUGACAAGACCCAUGCAACAUUUAUCUCUUUAUAUACAUGCAUAUGCACAUCACUGGCAUGACGAGGACUUAUAAAAUGUGUGCCUCCCCAGGUGCCCCAGUUAUAAAUUCAACUCACUUGAGUCACAGAUGAUGUACAGAGAAAUAAAGUCUUGAUAAAUGUCAUGACACAUUCUUUUGUAAUAAAAUAACUUUUUGAAUGUAGCUUUUCAAGGCUGAUUAAUACUGAGUAGAGAAUCAGAAAGAAUUAAAUUCAAAAGUCCUUUUUCAUGUAUAGUGUUAGUGACAGUGCUAUUUUAAAGUGAGUACAUGUAAUUGAUAUUAUUCCCAUUUCUUUUUUUUGUAAGACCCUUUUUGUUUAAACUUAUUUUAAUCCUGUCUUUUUAAGUUUGUGCGUAAAACUGAUUCAGCUAGCAUGUGAUGUGAAUAAUAAAAUAGCUUUUCAGUGAAUGAUGAUGAACAGA